ACACGCCAGGAGAAUGGACGGGACCGGGGAGCGCAGCCUCCCGGAGCCGGGUAGCCAGGACUCCCGGGCGGACGACGACAUCGAGAUCGUGGUCAACGUGGGGGGCGUGCGGCAGGUGCUGUACGGAGACCUCCUGAGCCGGUACCCCGAGACCCGGCUGGCCGAGCUCAUCCACUGCUUGGCCGGAGGCUACGACACCAUCUUCUCCCUGUGCGACGACUACGACCCCGGGAAGCGCGAGUUCUACUUCGACAGGGACCCGGAUGCCUUCAAGUGUGUCAUUGAGGUCUACUACUUCGGGGAGGUGCACAUGAAGAAGGGCAUCUGUCCCAUCUGCUUCAAGAACGAGAUGGACUUCUGGAAGGUGGACCUCAAGUUCCUAGACGACUGCUGCAAGAGCCACCUGAGCGAGAAGCGUGAGGAGCUGGAGGAGAUCGCGCGCCGCGUGCAGCUCAUCCUGGACGACCUGGGCGUGGACACGGCGGAGGGCCGCUGGCAACGCUGCCAGAAGUGCGUCUGGAAGUUCCUGGAGAAGCCCGAGUCCUCGUGUCCGGCGCGCGUGGUGGCCGUGCUGUCCUUCCUGCUCAUCCUCGUCUCGUCGGUGGUCAUGUGCAUGGGCACCAUACCAGAGCUGCAGGUCCUGGACGCCGAGGGCAACCGCGUGGAGCACCCGACGCUGGAGAACGUGGAGACCGCGUGCAUCGGCUGGUUCACGCUGGAGUACCUGCUGCGCCUCUUCUCUUCGCCCAACAAGCUGCACUUCGCCCUGUCCUUCAUGAACAUCGUGGACGUGCUGGCCAUCCUCCCGUUCUACGUGAGCCUCACGCUCACACACCUGGGCGCCCGCAUGAUGGAGCUGACCAACGUGCAGCAGGCGGUGCAGGCCCUACGGAUCAUGCGCAUCGCCCGCAUCUUCAAGCUAGCGCGCCACUCCUCCGGGCUGCAGACCCUCACCUACGCCCUCAAGCGCAGCUUCAAGGAACUAGGGCUGCUGCUCAUGUACCUGGCCGUGGGCAUCUUUGUCUUCUCUGCCCUGGGCUACACCAUGGAGCAGAGCCACCCAGAGACCCUGUUUAAGAGCAUCCCCCAGUCCUUCUGGUGGGCCAUCAUCACCAUGACCACGGUGGGCUACGGUGACAUCUACCCCAAGACCACCCUGGGCAAGCUCAAUGCGGCCAUCAGCUUCCUGUGUGGGGUCAUUGCCAUUGCCCUGCCCAUUCAUCCCAUCAUCAACAACUUUGUCAGAUACUACAACAAGCAGCGAGUCCUGGAGACAGCGGCCAGGCACGAGCUGGAGCUGAUGGAGCUCAACUCCGGCACUGCUGGUGAGGGCAAGGCAGGGGGCUCCCGCGGUGACCUGGACCACCUCCCACCGCCGGAGCCCGCCGGGAAGGAGGACCCGAGCUGGAGCAGCCGGCUGAAGCUGUCCCACAGCGACACCUUCAUCCCCCUGCUGACGGAGGAAAAGCACCAUAGGACCCGGCUCCAGAGCUGCAAGUGAUGGGGGCCGACUCAGGCACAGACAGGCCGGCUGGUGGAGAGAUGGAUGGACCGGUGUGAUGGGACUGUCCAUGACUGCCCGGGAGGGGCUGUCCUUUGUCCCCUCCCUACCCACUCCUGAACAGAACUCUGGAGGCCCCCUUGGGCACCUCUGAUGAGUCUGGGGUAAGAUUCCCUUUGUGUUGUCCAGGGGCAGGGGAGGGAGACGGACAGGUGUCCAGGAGUCCCUGACAGUGUGGGGAUGAUGGAGGCCAUGGUCUGGUUGAUGGCAAGAGCCCUCACCCGGUUCUGUAUCUCCUUCAAUAAAGCCUCCAGCUCUCUG